AACACCAACAUUAAAAUAUUUUAUUUUUUUUAAUUUGUUUGUUCGAUAUGGCAACAUUGUACAUCCGAUCUUCCUUCCUGUUGGUCACCGCAAUAAAGCGACACGAGUCUUGUCCGUUAACUCAAGGAAUUUUAUUUUACCAGUCCAAUACAUACAGUCCACUUUACAUUACAAUCUAUCCAUUUACAUACUUUUUCAUGGUCCUUCAAGGCCAGUAAAUUUCCAGAAGUUUAGUGUGAGUGAUGUGCAGUACAUAAUUCCGCAUUGUUCCUUUUGGUUAGAAGACGCUACGCGGGAAGACGCCAUCACAGUGCACCGGAUAGACGGGAGUACCUACAUGUUGCAUUCAUUAUUAUAGUGACAUCAUCCAUUGCCAAUUUACAUUCAUUUCAUUUCAUGGUGCGUGUCAAUUUUAUUUUCAAUUCAAUUUCAACGAUACAUGUUCGCGCCUACCUACACGAUUCGCGCCCAUUGAUUGAUGCAUUGGCGCGGUAAAGUUGCCGAUUUUCGACGCGAGAAGCUAUUUGGCGCUGUUGCAGCGGCGUCUACGCGCAUCAUUGGUCCGAUGCGCUGUCGUCGAGACUACGACGACAACUUUCGCCCGCCAUUUUAAUUGUUACAUCACAGCAAAGCUGAGUUUCGUUAAUUAUCGUGUUGCGAGUAAUAUUGUAAAAUAAACAUAAUCAGUGCGUUACAUCAGUGCAAAUUACGUACAAAUAAGUGUUUACGCCGUCUUAACAAAAUGUCUAAAGAUAAGGGCGAAUCGGAAUUCGCAAUUGCUGAGUCCUAUGAUUUGGCCGCUCUUCGACGCAAACGCGCUGCCGUUAAAGGUGUUAUCACCAAAUUGCAUAACGCCCUGCGUGAUCCAAGCGCCUCUGAGUUAGACAAACACGCUUUGUGCGUCAGAGAAGAACGUCUGCGAUCUUCAUUUUCUAAGUGGGAGGACUUACGCCUCGACAUUUUAGCGAUGGAUCCUGAUGACCCCGAGGACGACGUUGAAAAGAAGCGAGCAUUAGCGCUCGAGAAUGUGGAACGAGAUAAGGUACUGUUGGCUCCGAAGGCUGUCCACGUAGCCACUGUGAAGAAGGUACAGCCUGCCAGCGCUGAGAAGAGCUGCAUACUUUGUGUUGCUGCCGCCUGAGCCUCGAGUUAGCCGGUACAACUGUGCGGGGCAUGGGGACAUCACAGCUUCACCUCCGUUACUUAAUACAAAGUUUGGUCAUGUAGUCGCAGGUAGCAUUAACUCAGAUAAUAUUUAUUUGAAACACAACCAAGCAGUAACCUCCUUAUUUUGUGAAACAUGUACUUCUAGCUUAAAUCAUACUCUUACUGAAUUUUGGCAAUGUGAAAAGGUUCCUGAAACAUUUACAGAAACACAUUCUGAACAUGAAUUGUGUGAAAAUAUAUUUUUAGAAAAUAUUCAACUGGACACACAAAAUAACAAAAUGCAAGUUGUCCUGCCAUUAAAACAGCCUUUAGAUUUUAUUAAUCAGUCUUUAGGAGACUCAUUACAUUUAGCUUUACAAAGAUUUUAUAACUUAGAAGCUAGACUUACAAAAGACCCUAGUCUUUAUAAAUUGUAUUCAGACUUCAUUAAUGAAUACAUAAAUCAAGGGCAUGGUACAGUCAUUGACAUCAGUCAAUACAAUUUAACAACUGAUCCAGUGUACUUCCUGCCACACCACCCAGUUCUUAACUUACAAAAGAAAACAACAAAAUGUCGUGUUGUUAUGGAUGGUUCUAUGAAAACCAGCAAUAAGACUUCUUUAAACGAUUUAUUGCUUAAUGGGCCUGUAGUACAAAAGGAACUUGUUGAUGUUUUGUUACUAUUCAGAGUAGAUAAUUAUUUCUUCAUAACAGACAUAAAAAACAUGUUUCGCAAUAUAUUAUUACAUCCAAAAUACAGGUCUUUACAAAAUAUUCUAUGGAGAUAUAAUCCCAAUGAUAGUGUUCAGUGCAUUCAACUAAACACUGUCACCUAUGGGUUGAAAAGUUCAUCUUACUUAGCAACUAGGUGUUUGAAAUGGUUAGCUGAGCUAUACAAGGAUGACUUCCCAUUGGCUGCAUUUAUAUUAAAUAACUGUACAUAUGUUGAUGAUAUUCUUUUCUCAGACUGUUCCUCGGAUAACUUGAUAGAAGCCCGAGAGCAGCUAUGUAAACUAUUGAGUCUAGGUAGUUUUCAGUUACAUAAGUGGGUGUCUAAUUCAGAACAAUUAUUACAAGACAUCCCACAAGAUAGACAACAUUUUGAUGAGGUAGAUUUACAAACAAAUAAUCAUUUAUUAAAAACUUUGGGCAUGUGUUACAAUACUCAGUCAGAUGCAUUUAUAGUGUCAAGUCCAAAACCUAUUGGUAAUAUGCCUCAGUGUAAGCGAGAGAUUCUUAGUUUUAUAAGCCAGUUUUUUGAUCCAUUAGGAUUUGCUGGGCCCAUAGUGGUAGGUGCUAAAGUCAUCAUGCAACAACUGUGGAAAGCUCAAAUAGACUGGGAUUCGUUACCUGAUAAGGAGUUGCUUCAAGCAUGGCAUGAGUUUUACACUAGCUUAAUUUCAAUGAAACCACUAAUUAUAGAGCGUUACAUAAGGUUGCACAAGAGCAGCUUUGCACAAAUUAUUGGGUUUGCCGAUGCUUCCAGCACUACUGCCUAUGGCUGUUGUGUAUACUUAAGAUGUGUUGACGAGGCAGCCAAUGUUAAGGUUUCCUUGUUAUGCUCAAAAUCGCGCAUAAAUCCUGCUUCACAAAGCUUAUCUGUUCCAAGACUGGAGCUUAACGCUGCUUUACUGCUCGCUAAGUUAGCUAGCAGAAUCCAUGACACACUAUCAACAAAAAUAAAAAUCCAUGAUGUGUUUCUUUAUUCAGAUUCACAAAUCGUUUUAGCUUGGCUUAAAACUAACAUAAACACGUUAAAAGCGUAUGUAGCCAAUCGUGUUAAGGCUAUAAUACAACUCACACAUGCGCACACUUGGUCGCAUGUUAGCUCGCAGGAGAAUCCAGCGGAUUGUCUCAGUAGAGGAGUGCCACCUCACGAGUUAGCUGACCACUCCCUCUGGUGGAGGGGACCAACAUUUUUACAUUCAAGUGAGUAUAAACCCAAUUUAAAUUUUACAAUGCCACAAGAAUUGCCUGAGGUCAAGGACUCUUCCACAUGCUUGAGCGCUAUGGUUUGUUUUUCCACCAAUAUUAUUUCAAAAACAUUAUGUCUAGAUUUUCUGGACAAAUUUUCAGAUAUCAAUAAAAUGCAAAGAGUGUUAGCUUACGUCCUACGUUUUUGUCAAAAUGCAAAGUCCAAGGGUAAUAGAAAUAAGCUCAACUAUGUAACUAGUCAGGAACUUAAUAACUCUUUGUCAAUUAUUGUGAUGUAUGAACAACAAAAGUUCCUUAAGGAUGAUAUUCAUGCUUUAAUAUGUGGUAAGGCAAUUGUCAAAGGCAAUUUAAAAUCUCUUUUUCCUUUUAUUGAUGACAGUGGUUUGCUGCGUGUUGGAGGCCGGUUGCACAAUGCUGAUAUGCCAUAUUCGCAGAAGCAUCCAAUCAUUUUGCCGCGAGACUCGCGCGUCACUAAUUUAAUAAUUCAUAGUGAACAUUUGAGAAACCUUCACGCAGGCCCUAAGCUGACUCUGUCAUCAUUAAGACAAAGAUUUUGGAUAGUACAUGGUUUAAGAGAAGUUAAAAAAGUUUUAUUCAAGUGUACCAUUUGUUUUAGAUUAAAAGCGGAAGCUUCUAAGCAAUUGAUGGGUUCUUUGCCUCCUGAUAGGGUGAAAACAUGUCGCGCCUUUCAAAAAGUCGGUUUAGAUUACACUGGAGCAAUAUCAUUGAAAAUAGCAAGAGUUAGAAAGCCAAUAAUCACAAAGGGUUAUGUUUGUGUGUUUGUAUGCUUUGUAACCAAAGCAAUGCAUUUAGAGCUUGCUUCAGGUUUAAAGACGGAGACUUUCAUUGCAUGUUUAAACAGGUUUAUUGCCAGAAGAGGGUUGCCUACUGACAUAUACAGCGACAACGCUUCAACCUUCAGGUGUGCGGAGAGGCAGUUAGAUGCUUUGUACAAAUUACAUAACUCCAUAGAACAUCAAAAAUUAGUUUCUCAAUUUACAGCUCAAAAAGGGAUAAAAUUUCACCAUUUACCUUGUUAUUCCCCGACGUUCGCCGGUUUGGCCGAAAGUGGUGUAAAAAGUUGUAAAAAUUUGUUAAAGAGAGUGUUACAAAAGGCAAUUUUAACUUAUGAAGAAUUGUACACAGUUUUAUGUCAAAUUGAGGCCAUAUUAAAUAGUAGACCUUUAAUGCCACUAUCUAAUGAUGUAACUGAUUAUUCCUGCAUUACUCCAGGACAUUUUUUGAUAGGUACUGCUUUAAAUACAUACCCAGAUGCAAAUGUUACUGUUAUUACUAAAUCUCAAUUUUGGAAAAUAUGUAAUGAUAUGAAAUUAGAAUUCUGGAAAAGGUGGAGUAAGCACUAUUUGAAUUUAUUACAAUGUCGACCUAAGUGGCAGAUCUCUCAACCAAAUGUAAAGAUAGGUUCACUUGUUAUACUUAAGGACGAAAAUUUGUCGCCAAUGUACUGGCCCUUAGCCAGAGUAAUUAAUACCUAUCCAGGCGAUGAUGGAAAGGUCCGUGUAGUUGAAGUUAAAACUUCAAACGGCCAUAUACAUAGAAGAGCAGUAGUGAAAAUAUGUGUCCUACCGCUAGAUACGGAAGAACGGCAGUAGCUGCGCCUAUUGGUGUUGUGUACCGACCCCGAGAUAUGUGUUUACUAUCGUAGGGAUAGGCGCAGCAACAGCCUUACAUACAUUUUCGUAUAAAUAGUAUUAAGUUACUUUUUGUUAUCUAGUUCUUUCUAAUAGAACAAGCACAAAUUUAGUGUUUCUAUAAAACACAAGUAAGAAUGUUACAUUUUAAAUUAAAAAAAGGGCAUGCAUAGUUUUUAAACAUUUAAUGUAAAUUUUAAAACGCCUUACAUAUGUUUUCAUGUCUGUUAAGUGUUGUACUGCUAUUAACAAUCUGUAAUUGUAACUUGUAGUGCAGUUCUAACUUCACUUUAUGUACAAUGCAUGGCAACUACAUAUCUUUAUAUUUAAUAUUAUAUAUUAUGUCAUUCUACUUAUGUACCUAUUAUAGUGUACUCACGGUAUAUUAAGUUUGUAAAAUGUUUCACAUAAUAUAACCUUCUUUUGCCCCGGCAAUAUGUUGGAACACCAACAUUAAAAUAUUUUAUUUUUUUUAAUUUGUUUGUUCGAUAUGGCAACAUUGUACAUCCGAUCUUCCUUCCUGUUGGUCACCGCAAUAAAGCGACACGAGUCUUGUCCGUUAA